UAAUAUACUGCGGGCGCCAUCUAUUGGUUCAAACAGCGCAUAGGAACAGUAGCCGACAAAGGUCAGCUGACCAACGCGGAACAUGGUCCGGUGUUUCCUGAUCCACACAGUGUGUCCGGUCAGUGCUCUCGGUGCCGGGGAGACUCGGCUGCUCUACUCCCGGCUCUUCGGUCCGGAUGAAGGCAUCUUCUCCGACCGGGAGCGGGGGCUCAGCCCGGAGGAGAGGCGACUGGGGCAGAAGGAGAGGACAGCUGUGGUGGCGAGGCAGGUCUGCAGCGCUGUCUCUCUGUCCCGGGAGGCUUCGGCCCGGGUGCUGGUGGACACGGUGCCCGGGGAGGAGGCGCUGGCCCUGCAGGACGCCGACAGCGGAGUGGUGCGUCUCCGAGCUGGAGACCCCUUCUCUGAGGAGAUGAGCGCUCUGUACCUGGGAGUCCAGAGUCUGGGCUUCACGCUGGUUUGUGAGCCCCAUGAGAACCUCCUGCUGGCUGAGAUCACUCUGCGCAACCUGACCCGACACUGCCUGGAGCACCUGCACAUGCUGGGGCAGGGCAGCGAGGUUCUGCUGAGGAGCAACCGCGUGGAUGCUCUGCUCAGCCGCCUGCUUCCUCACGGCCAGCUCCUCUUCCUCAACCACCGCUUCGCCCAGGCUCUGGAGAAGGAAGUAACCGCUUACAUGGCCAAGUGAACCGGAGCAGCCCUAGUGUACCAUGUCCAGUCCGAGGCUAACUGCCACGAGCUGUGGCUGCUGGCUUUCAGACAGACAGACUGGCUGUUCACCAUCGGUGACAUUUCUACGGCGGCGGGAGAAGGAGAACGGAGUGCCGGCAGCUGCUGCUGCUUGUGAUUGCACAAGGUAGUAAACACACACAGAGUGAAAACAUAUCUCCCUCUGCCACUUGCAGCUCACUGUUGACUGUUUACUGUGUGGGAGGCUUCAGUUCAAAUCCUGUUUGUCAAAUUGAAGAGUGAAAAAGAAAUGUGGCAGAUUAAAGAGUGCAGCUGAAGACGCCAGUUAAAAGCUUACUCGUCAACAUCAAAGACUCUUUAUCUGAUUCACAGUACUUGAAAUGUCACGGUGGGACCUCGAGGAGCCAGACCUGUUUUGUUUGAGAAUUCUGGGAAUAUAAAUGAAUCUCAAAGUGCUUUAUUGACUCACUGCGACUUGUAAUGCACUUUUUGUUCCUUAAAGGUAUGAGGAAAGCAGAUAUUUUCUUUGUGAUCAACAAUUUUCAUUUAUUUCAAAGAUUAUUUUUAAGCUUUAAUUUGACAGGCCAGCUGAAGACAUGAAAGGAGAAAGGGGGGGAUGACGUGCAAAUGGCCGCAGGUUGAGGAGUAAACCUCUGAAUAUGGGCGCCCGCUCUACCACCUGAGCUAUCAAGGCACCCAAUUUUCUUUAUUUUUAAACAACACAAAACAUACCUUCAACAUCACCACCCACCCAGACAAAAAGACCUAAGCCCAUCAUACAUGUCUCUCCCCAGCACAAAGCUUCUUAGGAGCCCCGCAGGGAGAUCAGGUCCUCUCCCCAUUUUCUAGUGUAAACAUCCAAUUUGGCAAACCGUUUACUUGACUUUUUUUUUCAAACGCCGCCUUCCUAGCCAUCUCACAAGCCCACUUCUGCAUUCAUGCCACCCCUUAAUUCCUCCAUCAUGAAAGCAGAUUUUUUUUUAUGUUUGUGCAGUAUGGAGUAUUUUUCAUCUCACAUCAACAAACAGCAGAAAUGAAGCAAAAAAAAGAUCAAAGAUCAAAUAAAAAACAUCAUCAUUCUUGAGACAUGAAAUGUUAUGAAACCAAACAGAAUAAAACAGGAAAUGGUCAACUGCAACUGAAAUUUCUACACACAACAGAUGUAAUGCUGUACCUACCUUGUAAACAACAUGUACUUCAGACCCCCCCUGAAGCCGGCUCUCCUGCUCCUCCUCCUCCUCCUGGCCUUAUAAAAACCUGACACUUACUGGCAGCCAAAUCCAAAACCAGGGUCGUGAUUUGCUUUGAUCUUCUCCUUUUUUCUGUAUUACAAAAAUAAAACCGUUUUUUAGCAUUA